UGGCUAGCACCCUCCAGCGGUCGAGUCGCCGCCAGUCGCACUCGCACUCGCAGCGUCGAGUUGGACCUCGAAUCCGCAGUCAUAAAUCUCCCGAGUCGAAUGAGAGCAAGGGAGGUAGCGGUGCCAGGAUGAUUUUUAAGUAUUGUCCAGAUUGUGGCCAGAAUUUAGAAGCUACUUUCAAGUUUUGUCCAUCAUGUGGUUUCAAAAUACCCAAAGGAGAAAAAGAGGAGGAAGUGCAGCCUGUUACCUUUCAUUCCACGUCAUCUUCAGCACAAACUGAGCCGAGUCCAAAAGCACCCAAUUCAAAGUGCUCCCCUGUGAAAUUAAUCUCUCCCAAAAAAGAAACGGCUUCUCCUAAGAGAAAACGAGAGAGCGAUCUGAGCACUCAGAAAUCCCCUGUCAAGUCACCACUUGCGGUAAAAAGUCCAAAAGGAAAGCGGCAAAAGAAUAAUCUAUUGGAACUGAAUCUAGAAAAUGAAGUUCUGACUGAUCAGAACAAUAAAAAAUGGAAACUUAUCAGGCUUCUUUCUCAGCAUGAAACUGAAUCUGGGUUGCUCUAUACAGCACAACAAGUGACUGGAUCCUCACAGUGCAACUACAUGGUUAAAGUGGAUGCAAAGGAUGGUCGAAUUUUUAAUGAACAAAUUUUUCUCCAGCGUGCUGCAAAGCCGGUUAAAGUUGACAAAUGGGUGAAGUCUCGUGUGAUGACAUUUCUGGGAAUUCCAACUUGUAUUGGCUUUGGAUUUCAUGAAAAUGCUUACAGGUUCCUGGUAUUUCCAGACAUGGGUUACAGUUUGCAGUCAAUUAUUGAGAAAAACAAGAAACCUUUAUCUGAAAAAGCAGUAUUUCAACUAGCUUAUAAAAUUAUUGAUGUGCUUGAAUACAUUCAUGCAAAUGAAUAUGUGCAUGCAGACAUCAAGGCAGAAAAUAUUUACGUGAACCCAAAUGAUCUAGAACAGGUGUACCUGGCAGGUUUCUCUUUUGCAUUCAGGUACUGCCCUGAUGGUAAGCAUGUCGAAUAUAAAGAAGGGAGCAGAACACCACAUGAGGGCACUGUGGAGCUGAUCAGUGUGGAUGCACACAAAGGAGCUGGACCUUCCAGACGCAGUGAUCUUGAAAACCUGGGUUAUUGUAUAUUGAAGGCACUAUGUGGCUCGUUGCCUUGGUCUGAUGAUGUUGACUCCCCAUAUUCUGUUAUGGAAACAAAACUGAAAUACAAGGAUGACCUUCCAGGUUUCCUGAAGUCUUGCUUCAAGAAAAGAAAAAUUCCAAAUGAAUUGAAGAAAUACCUCCAGCAUGUGGUGUCACUGAAGUAUGAGGAAACACCAGAUUAUGAAGAAAUACGUAAACAACUAAAAGAUGGUCUUCAAAGGCUGAAAGCCUCACCAGAUGAUCCCUUGGAUCUUACAAUAACUACUAUCUGAAAAUUUCACUAGUCAACUGUGAAGCCAACAUAUUGAGAUAAUUGUCAAAACAUAUGCCUUACAAGAGGCAUGGCGCCAGUUUGUUUUUAAAUCAUGCUUUUUUUUAGCUUUUUGAUUGGAGUUCCUCUACAAGUUUUUCAUGAACUUGGGUCAAUGUAUGCCUGUGUGACUUAUCAAAUUUCUAUAUUUACAUUGUGUUUUUAAAUAAAAUUGAAAGGCACUUUGUGAAGGGA